AUGUCAAAUUGUCCCGCAGAUAAUAAAAAUGAAACUGAUCCUACUAGUUUUUGGGAUAACGGUCCUCAUUUUGAUGCUCAUAGAAUCGGAUGGACCGUAUCAGGUUUAUGUGCAUUAUUUGCCACUCUUAUAUCAUUUUAUUUAAUAAUUAAACAUUGUCAGAAUUAUCAUAAGGUCAUUUUCUUUUCAUUCUGGCAAGAUGUAUUACUUUCUAUAUUAGCAGAAGUUGGAGUGAUCAAAGAAACCAAAUAUUGGACAAGUGCGAAUAUAUCACGAGGUUUAAAUGCAUUAUUGAUUUGUUUGGAAAUGGUAAUAUUUGCUUUUUUACAUAUAUACGCAUUUGAUUAUCGUAAAUAUCGGGAUAUAGAGGGUAUCAAAAGAAAACAUAAACGAUCACCAAUAAGUAAAGGAAUUCUGGAUGCAUUUAAUCCUAAAGAUAUAUAUAAUGAAAUUAAAUUUGUUUGUAAAUAUAUUUGGUAUUUAAUAAGUGGAAAAAAAUUACCUGAUUCUACUAAUAUCGGAGGAGGUGUGAGAAGAAAGAAUGUUAAUUAG